AUGACAUCCUCAUCAAGUGGAUCAAGUGGAUUAGUCUCUAAUUUAACUCAAUCUUCAAUGGCAUCAUAUACCUCAACUGAACUUUCAUUCUCUGCUUUUAACUUCAAAUUCAUCUCGGAUGAUAGUGAAUACUAUGAUAGUGAAGAAGAAUUUGAUGUAGAUUACUCAUGUCCAGAUUGUUCACGGCCUAGAACAAAUGAUCGAUGGUGCAAUUUCUGUGAAUCCGAAAAAUUUUCAAAGAAUUUUAAUAAUUGGACAAGUGGACAUUCAUACUUAGACGAAAUCAUAAAAGAUACUCAACUUAAUGCCACAAGUAAAUGUGAUUAUUUGGUUUGGAUUGAUUAUAAUGAAUUCGAAGAUGUAGAAUAUCUUGCAAAUGGCGGAUUUGGAGAUGUUUAUUUUGGGAUUUGGAUUAAUGGACCGGAGAAAGUUCUAAUUUAUGAUGAAGAAAGUUGUAUACAUAGAAAAGAAGCAAAGACACCUGUAGCUUUGAAAUGUUUACGUAACUCUGAAAAUAUAACUACAGAAUUUUUGGAUGAAAAUAGAGGUGACGUUAGAGAACGUAGGAAUAUUAGGUCGCAUCCUAAGGCUUCUUAUACAAGUAAAAUGAUACCAAAACCACCGAGCCAAAAAGAUAUAGAGUAUAGUGGAUAUAGUAAUUUUGCCGUAUCAGAGUCGGAGUUCACUAGAGAAAUAACAGGAACUAUUGGAAAGCUACCACAACUAACGAUUAAUAUUGAUGAAAAGGGUGAAGAUUUUGAUUAUGUAACAAGAGCAUUUAAUGAAACGCUUUCAUUUG